UUGGUGACAUUUGAGAAGUGAGGCAGUUGUCCACAUGCUGUUCUCAAAAACUUGUCAAGCAGAGCAUUGUUUAUAUACUAACACAAAAAGAAUAGUGUUGCAUGCAAAGUUCGCAGCUGUGUUCUAACUUAAAACUGGUGUUUGAUGCUGACAUAUUGGGAUUAAGAUCAACUGUAAAAACUAACAUAGUGGAUUGAUGUUUGUUCUGUAUAGCUCUUGAUUGGGUUAAACACUGUGGUUAACACAAUGGUAUCCGCUCUAAGCUUCAACUGACAUUUCUUCCUGUUUCUGUUCAAAUGAAAUAAAAAUACUUUGUAGAAGUAAGUUUUGCUUUCAGUACUAAGUGGCUACGAUUGAACCCAGCAGUACUGACUCUACAGAGAAGCUAUGUUGUUCUGAACCAAACAACGCAGCAAAAAUGUAUCCAUUAGCCUGUGUUACAUUUAUUCUGAUUGGAACUGCACUUGGAGAGAAUAACUUCAAUCCAGGAAUAAAAAGCAAAAUAACACAGAAAGGUUUGGAUUAUGGUAAACAAAUUGCCAUGACUGUUGCUGAGGAGAAGAUUAAGGAGCUCCAUCUACCAGAAAUAAGUGGGAAGGUACACUUGCUUGGCUCACUAAAAUACCACAUCGAUGGGAUGUGGAUUAGGAGUUUUGGAUUGCCUGUCUCCAAUAUUGGAUUGAUCCCCAACACUGGUGUCAAGUUUUCAGUGGACAAAGCCCACAUUGCCAUUAGUGGGAACUGGCAUGUAAAAUACGGACUCAUACGUGAUGGAGGAAACUUUGAUCUGAAUAUUAAUGAUCUUUCAGCCGUAUUCGCUGUUGGUGUUUCAUUGAGCAGCUCUCGACCAAUGAUAAUUGACAAAGGCUGUGAUGCAAGAUUAGUAAAUUUCGACCUUAAACUGCAUGGAGGGGGCAGUUGGUUUUACAAGAAGUUCCUUGGUAAAGUGAAAGACAUGAUUCAACAGACUGUUCCCCAGAAGGUGUGUUCUGAAUUCAGAGAUAUGGUUGGAAAGCUUGAAGCCAUCAUCCAGACAAUAAAAGUUUCAUGGCAAUUGGACAAGUACGUGGAAUUUGAUUUUUCUUUGGUUGGAGAACCAAAGAUUACGACUGAUUUCAUUGAGUCUCCCAUCAAGGGUGAAGUAUACGAUGUUCGACACCACACAGAGGCUCCAUUUACUGCACAAUCGUUUAACCUCUCAAACACAACAGACCAAAUGUUAGUGGUUGGGCUGUCUGAGUACACUGUUAACACAGGAUGCUUUGCAUACCUUGUGGCUGGAGCCCUGCGAAUGAACAUUACAGAUGACAUGAUUCCAAAGGAUAUACCAUUUCGCCUAAACACCUCCACUUUGGAACUUCUGUUACCCAAGGUUGCAAAGGAGUACCCCAACCUACUGAUGAAGAUUGUUUUGAGUGCCACAAAGCAACCAACUGUGAAAUUUGUUCGAGGAAAAUUCACUUCCAAUGUAUUUACUGCCGCUGAAGUAUUUGCAAUCCUUCCAAACAAUUCGUUAGCAGAGUUAUUCCUGUUGGGUAUUACAGCCAGUGUGUGUGGGCAGGUGCAUAUAUCAGAGGAAGGACUGCAUGGAUCAUUGUCUCUGAGCAGUGUGGACCUGGUACUGGAAGAAUCUAAAGUGGGAACCAUUCCAACAAAGUUAUUUGAAACAUUUCUGAGGAUGGGGUUACAGAAGGUGGUGAUUCCGAAGAUAAAUGCAAAACUGAAGAAGGGACUCCCCAUACCAAAAAUAGACAAGAUAUCGUUGAUGAAUCCAUUCCUUGAAAUUGACCAGGGUUUAAUACUCAUCACAACUGAUAUACAGUAUGGAAACUGACAGCUAAUUUACCUCAAUAUAUCAUACUGAACUGCUAAAUUUGAUUAAAUUUCCCUGCAGUCACCCAGAUAACAUUUACUUAUUUCUCAAUGCUUCAUUUAAAUGGCAAUAUAAAACAUUACAAGCAUAGUACAGGCCCUUCGGCCCACAAUGUUGUGCUGACAUUUUAUCCUGCUCAGCCCUGAACCCAUAUUUCAGCCAGCUACACUGCCAUCUCUGUGAUCGCCCUGGCCUUGCCUUGCACUGCAGCAUUGAUGCAAUGCCUGCGAUAUAUGACAUGCAACAUAUCGAUAGCAUGAGCUCAUCAAAGCCUUAGGAAGCUUCAGCAUAUAAGACCUGGAAAUAUAGGUGCUGAACUUGUGCUGAUGGACCUUGUGUUCGCCAGCAUCCUCUGUUCAAGGCAGCCUAGCCUGAUGGCCCUCUCUGACUCCACUGGUUCUACUGCUACUGACAGUGUUUAUAAACUAACAUAAUUUAGCACUGUAAAACUAAGCCUAGAAAUACGUCUAUUAAUGCUUGGAAGUUAGUCAGAACAGCCUCCUGUCUUGGUACAUCUAUAAAUGAAUAGAUGCAGCAGGUAGCUGAGGUAUGAGUCUCUGAGUCAUUGAUUGAAGAGCAGUAGAGGUUUGACCAGUGGCUUUGUUGCUCCUGAGUAGGGAAGUGAAAAUUAGCUCCUGCUCCUUUUUUCUCGAAUGGUCACACCUGCAUGUGUUUUGGCUUCAUGUCAGGGUAGGAUCUAGCCUGGCUAUGAUAGCCAGAGUGUUUACUGAUGGAGAUUAAUAUAACUAUCUACCUUGACAUUCAAUGGCGUUAUCAUCAUCAGGUUUGCCACUGUCAACAUCCUAGGAGGUCACUGUUGAUCAGAGACACAAUUGGAUUAAUCACAUUGGUACCGUGGCUACAACAGCAGGUCAACUCUCCUCCUGACAUCCCAAAGCCUUUCCACCAGCAACAAUGCACAAGUCAGGAUCACAACAGAAUACUCUUCGCUGGCCUAGUAUCUCCAACAACUGUCCAAAAGCUCAGCACAAUCAGGGCCAAGGAGUCUAUUUACAAAAUGCAUUGCAGUUACUCACCUGGACUUCUCCAACAGUACUUCCCAAAUCCAAGACAUAUGAAGCUCAAGGGCAGAGGUUCACAAGAAUACCACCACAUGCAGGUUCUCCUCCAAAUCACCCAACAUCCUGACUUGGAAAUAUAUCGCCAUUUCUUCUUCACUAGGUCUAGACAUUGGAUCUCCCUUCGCAACAGCAUUGUUGGCAAAUCUGCACCGGAAGGAGUGCAGCAGUUCAAGGCAGCAGCUCACCUCUACCUUCUGAAGGGCACUUAGGGAUGGCCAAUUAAUGCAGGUGACACCCAGAUCCUGAAAACACAAACAAAUAAAGUUGCCACUUUGGUGACACCAUGGGGCAUCUGGUAGAAUUGUUGCCUUGUAGCUCCAGUGACAUGCAUUCUCUCCCACUUCCCAAAGACAUGAGAGUUGAUAAGUUAAUUGGCCCCUAUAAAUUACUUCUACUGUGGAGGGGAGUGAUAGAAUUUGAGGGGAGCAUAAAAUGGUUUAGUGUAAGUGGGUGCUUGAUGCUCAGCGCAGUCUCAGUGAGUUGAAAGGGCCUUUUCUGAGCUAAAUGAUUCUAGGAUUAAAGUAGAUACCAGAAAGUAAGUCACUGCAAACCAGUCAACAUUUUAAGGCAGCGUAGAGGAAAAUUAACAUUUCUCACUCUUCACUAUCUGCAUGCAUAAAAAUAAUCAAAAGUAGAAUCUAAUGAAAUAGAUAUUGUGAUAGUGUGCAUCAAUGGAAAGGCAGGUACUGGGCUAGGACAUAGAUCUGGGACAAUCAUGGUUUGCACAGUCAUUAAACACAAUUUUUUACUAAAAUGCUACAGUGUUGAUCAAUGGGGUCCAACCAAUGACGGCCUCAGUAUUUCAUGUAAGCACCAAAACUGCAUCAUGCCUUAAAGAAACGUUAAGGUAAUACUCUGCCCGCUCAAUGGUCAGCAAACUCAUGCCUUGUUCUGCAUUCUCCCUCCCACUUCUCUACCCAAUUCUUCGACCUUAGCAAGAGAUCAGUAGUCAGUUUUAAAUGCCUUUGAGGCUACUGAAGGAUUUUUGGUUUUGAUAUAUCACAUUGUAACACUCUCAUUGCCCUUUCAUCACCAACAAUUCUCCACUCAGCUUACUGCAAGCAUACAUCCGUCCUAAGAUCCAGGUCAUGGUCCAGUUCAUAAGCAUUAAGAAGUCUUAAAAUCUACAAUACAUUUAAAGUUGAGGUAGUGGCAAGUAUGUUUUUUGAUUGAUUGUGAUAAUUUUGGAUUUAUACAUAUUUCUUUCCUUUUGGUCUAUGAAAUCGAAUGAACAUUGUAUUAAGGAAUAAAAUUAAUGAGACAAUAUAA